AGCAACUGAUUGUCCCCUCCCCGAUCCUAAGGUACAUAGCUCAGCCCGGCCGAAAGCAGCUUCCUCCCGCCUCGCUCAGCCCUGCCCUGUUGGAACAACAAUUCUCCCUACCCUCCCUCCGUUCACUGCUUUCAGCGCAGCAGCAACCAUGGCGACAAAGAAGGAUAUGCGCAGGCCUGACCUCAUCAUCCCCUACCAGAUGCCCGUUGCGAAGGAGGACACGAGCGACAUGAGCGGCACGAUGAUCAGCACUUUACCAAUGGCCGCCAUGUUUACGCGGAACAAGUACGUUGGCUGGGCGUCCGUCGUAUUUGCAAUCCAGAAGUGGCUGGGUGAGAGUGCCGAGACAAGGAAGGUUACAAGCCAACCAGCUUAUUUAUCUGUCGGAAUGUCCUACCCCUUCGCCGAAGCCGACGAGGAUACAGGAGAGACCAAGCAGUCGCAGAAUUACAUACACAUCCGUAUUCAGCAACGCAAUGGUCGUAAGACCCUAACUACUGUUCAAGGUCUUCCUAAGAAGUUUGACCAAAAGAAAAUCCUCAAGGUCAUCAAGAAGAAAUUCGCUUGCAAUGGCACCAUCGUCGUCGAUACUGAGAUGGGGGAGGUGAUUCAGCUUCAGGGAGAUCAGCGCAAGGAUGUUCAGGAGUUCCUCACCGAUAAGAAGGAGGGUUUGGAACUUGAUGCCAAGACCAUCAAGGUCCAUGGUUUCUAA